AUGGAGCGCCAAGGCCAAAAAGCGUGGUCAGGGACCACAUUGGACGGAGCAAAUAAGAGUACUCGUAAGCGGUGUCAGCCUUCUCGCCACAGCUGCGUGAAAGCAUACAAUAAAGGCACCAGCACAUCCAGCCGCAGCGAUAAUAACUCCAUUUAUAACUCUUUCGAGGCGUUCUCCUUAAGUGUCUGUUCAAGACAGUUUUCAUUACAUUCGGUAAAAAGUGUAUCCUGCAUGCCGAUCCCUGAAAGUGUCCAGAGCUGCAGUCUCACAUGUUUUGCUGAUUACUCGUCGUCGCGUGUGAAUGCAACAAACUGGCCCCGAUGCCAUAUGCUACGACCGCAGCCGAUGAGCGGGUGCUCCGACAGCUUUGCUAGGCACUACAGCGAAUCCUCGACGCCACAGAUUGAUCGGAUGAACCUUUGUAAACAUUCCAAUAAAGCAUGUAGUGUCGAUCAUACAGCGGCGCGAUCGGAUAGCGUCCAAAGUGUGUUGCCAUCUAGUCCAAGAUGGCAACAGUCGCUACCUGAGAAAGAGAAAUCAAAUAGUUCUCGGCAUUCCACACCACGGUGUCAGAAGUCGAUCUCUCUGGCUCUCUUCCCCCAGGGCGCCACGAAGAAUAAUGACACGUGUAUCGGGGAGGCCUCAACUACGCAGAAAAACUACAUGGAAGUCACGAGUUCUUGCGAUACAAAUACCCACACGGAUUCUGGGAAGCCCAUCAACAGUCAGGAUUUUCUAGAUCAAAAAGACAAGGACACAAAGGAGGGAUUAUCUGACGGAAUCUGCACUGGCGGUUCUUCGACCGAGAUUAUGAACUCUCCUACAGAAGAUAAGCUCUGGCACGUGUGGCAGGCCAAGAAAGAAAUGCGCGUUGGUAGAGGGAGCUCCGGCGAUGUGUAUCGUGGAAUCGACUUGGAUACAGGUCGCACCAUUGCCAUCAAGGAGAUUCUUGUUCCGAAAGAUUUUUCGAAAGAUAUGGAAAAGCAACUCCAGUUAUUGGAGCGAGAGAUUAAUGUUAUGCGUAAGCUUCGGCAUCCUAACAUUAUAAACUAUUUAGGCGCAGCGCGUGAGGGUAAUUGUAUUAAGGUCUUUAUGGAAUACGUUCCUGGUGGUACUCUGGGGGAUCAGCUAAGAUGCUCUGGUCCCUUAUCCGAAGAUCAGGCACGGCAUUACACUAAACAGCUCCUGUCUGGGCUUGAAUACUUACACAAUCAGCGUAUUGUACACCGAGAUUUGAAAGGGGAUAAUCUGUUUUUGCACAAAGACAAUGUUCUCAAGCUGGGUGACUUUGGCACGAGCAAGGAGUUGGCCACGACGCUUGUUACUGACUCUGUCGCGGGGACGCCGAAUUUUAUGGCGCCUGAGGUGAUUGCUUGCAGUGGUCACUCCUAUGCAGCUGAUAUCUGGUCUGUGGGUUGCUGCGUGGUGGAGAUGCUUGUCGGGAAGCCGCCUUUUUCCUCUUUAGAUAACCACAUGGCUGUGAUGUUCGCAAUCAUCAAAGGAAAGGUGGGCGACGAGAUGCCGGCGCACGCUUCCGCAAGCGCCAGAGACUUCUUCCGGGCCUGCACGCAGCAUGAGCCGAAGGAUCGGUGCUCCGCGCGAGAGCUCCAGACACAUCCGUGGAUCCUCGGGGGGGAACCCCUCAAACGUAGUUCCGUCACCAGUCGGACGUCGGUCGUGCUGAAGAAAUCGAAGAAGCGGUUGCUUAACUCGUCAGAGAAGUCCAACACGAGGGGCCGCGACCGCUCGAAGAAGUCGCAGCCCCGCACCGUCAUCCCACCCCUCCCAGUGGCGCGUAACGCGUUGGCAACCACCGUCGUUCCGAGCGCGCCCAGGAGGCGGCGGUCGCCCGCGAAGGACACCAAUCCCAUCGUAGUGCACCUCCCGAGGGCCGGUUCCUCCGGCGUCGCGGAUUUAGACUGCGGGGAAGGAGACGUGACGAGCAGCGGGGAGAUCUCCUCCCGCAUCGGGGAGACGCAUCCCAUGAAGGCGCAGCACCUCACUCGGGGCCGCGUCCCGAACCACCCUCCGAGCUCCAUGGAGUCGAUGACGCUUUCCUCCCCGUCUAGCAUCCGCUCACCGGGGUACAUGCAGCCGAAGGUGGGAAGAUUUAGUAUGGAUUCCUCUGCAAAGCUUCCCUUGCGUGGAAUCGUGCAUCGAAAAGGGAAUUGCCGCGAUGCGGCGACAAAAAUUGGUAGUUGCUUGAAUAGUAAGGCGAAAAAAACAUCCUCGGUCGCUGGUUAUGAGUAUGGUACUGGAGUGUAG